AUUGAAGUAUACGCUGAAGAUGUCACCCAGUAGGGUGGUGAAAGCUUCGCAAAUUAACCAUCCAGCUCAGAGAACAAAACCACAUCAAAAUCAUAGUACAUACUGCCUGAGCUGUUGUUUUACGGUGUUAACAUCCUUGAAUACCAUCCGGCUGUUUACAUAGUUGCCAGUAACGCAACAUCUGUUACACCCGUUCCUACUGUUGACUCGCUGUAAAAGUGACUUAAGACCUUGCAGGCUUAUCGCAGAUAACACUGUUAAGCCGGGAACCGAUAUUGGCACUCAUUGAUUUGCAAGCCAUGUGCAUAUAAGUCCUCCAUGUCAGUUACAACUGGCAAUAAAAAGUUAUUGAAGUCAAACGGUUUAUGAAAACCACUAUAAACUCAAAUAAGAAAUAUAUCACUAAGAAACGGUUUCACCAGUCGACCCAAUUUCGGUCAAACUUGCUGUGUACCAUUGUUAAACAUUGACAAUCCAUCAACAUUCAGCUGCAGAUUAACGCAAUCAAAAGAUGCAAACUGACACCAACAACUCAGCAUAGGCGUGAGUAUACUUCGCAAACCAAUAUGAUAGUAAACUCCACUACCAAUGACAGUUGAGGGACAUGACUGGCUAUUUUUGAGGUGUCUUAUGUAUGUUGGUAAACUUGGAAGAUGCCGUUUGAACAGUCGCAUAAUCUUUACACCAUCAACAAUGGAUGUUUUAGUGGUCAUCACUUCAAGGCAGUCGUCCUAAGUUCUGCCUUGGAAUUGCGUUCUUUUACCUUAUCGGAACAUAUCUCAUGGGACAACAGAGCGCCCACAGCAUUACCUUAUCAAUUAGUCAUCACAUGAUAUGCUAAGAAACCAACAUUUUUGGGCUACCACAUUCCAUGUACAUUUUGUAUCUAUUUACUCGUAUUUUAUUGGUAUUUACAUAUCACAUUAUGCAUUCUAAUCGUAUUAUCCACUCCCGGGAUUUUAUAAAACGUUUUAAACCCAAAAACUUUCAUAUUUGCAAUAAACUCAAGAAAAAGCACUAUGGAGGUUGGCAGCGUGCCCUAAAAUCUACACCCAUACAUCACACCACUGUUCCAGUUAUCAUUAGUACCAACUGCCGGUCCCUGCCUAAUAAAAUUCUGGAUUUUCAGUCCGUGUUGUCAUCCGGAACCUACCACAAUACUGGUAUUGUCACUCUACAAGAAACCUGGCUCCAUAACUCAUACGAUGACAAUAUUGUGUCUCUAAACAACUUUAAUGUUUUCCGACAAGACCGUGUUUGUUCCAAGAAAAAAUGUGGCGGAGGUGUUGCGACUUUUAUUCACUCAAAAUGGUCCAUUUCUAACAAAGUUUGUUUCAAAUUCUCGAAUGACUACAUUGAUUGCAUCACUGUGAGAUGUCGCCCGAAACACAUGUCAAAAUGCAAAUUCAUUUAUAUUUCUAAUGUUUAUGUCUCUCCUGGCUGUACCAUAUUGGAUUUAUCUAUGUUCGCUGAUGAAUUCACCGCUUUUGCUGCAGCUUGUUUCGAGAACUCUUUAUCAAUAGUAACUGGCGACUUCAAUGGAAGCGAUUGCUCCUUCCUUAUAUCACUUGGUCAUGACAAUAUUGUUAACUUUGCCACCCGUCUUGGUAAAAAACUGGAUCUAGUAUUUAUCAAUGAUGUUGGUAUAUAUGAAGCUCGCAAACGUGCUCCUUUACUUAACUCUGACCACUGUAUCAUACGUGUACUGCCUAAAAUAUAUUCCAAAUCACGCAAAGGUGUCCUCUCUCACCUCCACAGUAAAGUUCAACGGAGAUGCUACUCAAAAGACAACCUAGACAAGCUCAGAUGCAUGUUGAAAGACACUAACUGGGACUUAUUUACAGAACAAACAUUAGAUGAAACAAUCACAAACACUACCGAUUAUCUUAAAUUCUGUUUCGAAAUAUGUUGUCCUAAAGAAACAUUAUUCAUUCGAUUUGAUCGCUUAUCUUCGCCAUAUCUCAAAAAGCUACGUAGAGAUAAAGAACUGUUUUUCAAAACAAAUGAUAAGCCUGAUGUAAAAAAGUUAAACAUUCUGUUAAAACUGGAAAUGAAAAGACUAAAUGUUUUAUAUAAUCAAAGAUUUUUGUCAUGUGAAACCCCUUCUAAUUUAUGGAAACUUUUCAAAGAAAUUAUUAACGCUAUGCUAUGUAUUUCCGUUCCAUCUCUUAAUGUUGACACUCUUAAUAAAUCUUUCACACGCUCUUGUGUAAGUUAAAAUAAGCUACAACAAUAAAUGUUAAUAUUGUCGGAAGUGCUACUUCUGUAGCAACACCCUCCUCACUCUUUCAAAUAUACAGGACUUGUGGGUCUGUUACGUGAUUGCUGUGAAACCGAAUAACCCGAAAGUUACAGGUAAAGUCUAAAGCUUUUACUUACAUACUUUAUCCUUCUUUUCUGCGCUCUCUAUUGUCUUUUGCUGUAAGUCUAUUGGACAAAAUAACAGUCUCUUAUUAUUUAAUCACCAGUAUUAAUUUAGGAGUAAAAUGACAAUAGAUUCUCAACCUAAAAUAAGUAAUGGGACAUCAUACUCUGUAGUUACCAGGGCUUCAGCCAAACUAGGCAAACAGGAGAAGGUGAUGGACUCACGCAUACCGGUCCUGAAGACCAG